AUGGAAGAUGGGAGAGACCAAAGAGAUGCGCUAACACUUGUGGCAAGAAAGCCCAGUUUCUCGCUGCCCACCGCUUGCCCCAACUGUCUCCCAGCUUACAUUUAUCUUAAAUUUGCCAACAUCCCCUUCUCUUUGGAAUUCAAUCUCAUUCAUCCCGAUUCUGAUCUGAUACCCUUUGUUGAGUCUGGUGAUUAUGUUGCUUAUAACAAUGAGAAUGGCGGAGUCCUUCAGAAAUUAAAGGAAGAUGGCAUUGUUGACUUGGACGCUGAGGUCACUGGUGUACCUGAAUGGGUUUCAUUCAAGGCGAUGGUUGAGUCAUGGCUUGCUGAUGCAGUCUUGUAUGAACUAUGGGUGGGUUCUGAUGGCAAGUCAGCACACAAGAUUUAUUACUCUGAUCUCCCUUGGCCCAUAGGAAAGAUUUUGUAUUAUAAGCAAGUCUAUGCGGUGAAACAACUACUUGGGAUAACAUCAGAGAAUGCAGAAAGAAGGGAAGAAGAGAUAUAUAGAAGAGUAAGUGUGGCAUAUAGUGCUCUGUCAGCUAAGUUGGGGGAACAGACAUUUUUCUUUGAAGACAGGCCAACAAGUUUGGAUGCAGUUUUUCUUGGUCAUUCUCUGUUUACGCUUCUUGCUUUGCCUGAAACAUCUGUUCUAAGAAGCAAGCUCUUGGCUCAUGCUAAUCUUGUGAAGUAUGCUGAUAAUCUUAAACUGGAGUAUAUAGAUGCCAGUUCGUCAUCUUCAUCAGUUCCUCAAUCAGAUCCCUCGUCAUCAGCUCCUAAAAGAGGCCCUUCACAUUGGAGUUCAAAGCCAAAGAACAAACCUACUAGGGAGAAGACAGAGGAAGAGAAGAAGUUCAAGAGGCGCGCUAAAUACUUUCUAGCUACACAGCUUGUUGCUGUUUUGAUUUUCCUUUCCAUUCUUGGUGGUUCUAAUGAUGCUGAAGUGGAGCUUGGUGAUGAUGACGGCUUCGACUAUGAGUAGAGAUUACCCUAAUGAUUCAUUUUUUUCGUGUUUUUCUAGUCCGACUUGGACAUGCUAGGGGUUUGAGAAAAUCUGCAAGUCAUUGCGUUUCUAUUUUCUGACACAGUCUGCUAAGGAGUUUUGGACUGAGGUUGAAUUCUCUCUUGUACUAAGCUGUUGAAGCUGAGAAUAAAGCAUAAAUGCAGUUUUGCCCAUUGA